AUGACUCAAGAUCAAGUAGCUGCCGCCCCCGUGGCAUCCUCGCCACCACACGACCCCUCGCACGAAGAGCACCAAUACCUCAAUUUGAUUCGCACAAUCCUUUCCGAAGGUGAACACAGGCCUGACCGCACCGGCACUGGAACACGAUCGAUCUUCGCGCCACCUCAAUUGCGCUUCUCUCUUUCAAAGCCCAACCCAGAAGGCGGCGAGCCAAUUCCCGUCUUGCCCCUCCUCACCACGAAGCGAGUCUUCCUACGCGCCGUGCUCGCCGAACUACUCUGGUUUAUCUCUGGUUGCACAUCAUCGCUACCUCUCUCCGAGGCUGGCAUCAAGAUCUGGGACGGAAAUGGAAGUCGCGAAUUCCUUGACAAAUCCGGCCUCGGCCACCGCGAAGAAGGCGAUCUCGGUCCCGUGUACGGAUUCCAGUGGCGACACUUUGGCGCCGAGUAUGUCGAUGCCAAGACAGAUUACACCGGCCAGGGUGUGGACCAGCUCAAGGACGUUGUGCACAAGCUGAUCCACAAUCCUUUUGAUCGCCGUAUUAUCAUGAGCGCGUGGAAUCCCGCUGAUCUGAAGAAGAUGGCUUUGCCUCCAUGCCAUAUGUUCGCCCAGUUUUAUGUCUCAUUCCCACCUAGCAUGAAGCUUGAUGAGAAGACUGGUCGCCCGUCGGAGAAGGGUACCUUGUCCUGCGUGCUCUACCAGCGCUCCUGUGAUAUGGGUCUUGGUGUGCCAUUCAAUAUUGCGUCCUAUGCUCUCCUCACUCAUAUUCUUGCGCACGCUGCGGAUCUUCAUCCUGGAACUCUUAUUCACACUAUGGGUGAUGCUCAUGUUUACCUUGACCAUAUCGAUGCCCUCAAUGAGCAGCUUGUUCGGGAGCCAACUGAGUUCCCUGAGUUACGCAUCAAGCGGGAUGAUCGCGGCAGUGCGGUGAUUGAUGGCUGGAAGGAGGAUGAGUUUGAGGUCAUUGGAUAUAAGCCUCACAAGAUCAUCAAAAUGAAGAUGAGUGUCUGA